AUGUUUGACGUUUACUUUCAGAUGCUGCAAGAAGAUAAGAACGUAGGAUGGAAUGGUAAUAAUUCACACAUUCCCCUGAAUCUAGAAAACUGGAAUACACAUAUGUCAUGGAUCUAUCUUCCGUCAUUGGUUCUGGUGACCCUGUGCUCUGUGAUGGGUCUUAUCGCGAACUCGGCAGUCAUACUCGUUUUUAUAGCACGACUUCGUCACUCCCGCGAUGACCGAUACUUCAUACCUUACCUAUCAAUCGUUGACUUUAUCGGCCUCGUCCUUAAUAUGGUUGCAAUAUGGACACAAUAUUACAGUAGUAUAAUGGAUGGGGAUGGUUUGGCUCUGUUGUGUAAAUUGUUUUGGUACCUCUGCUCUGUUAUUGGAUGUUUGUCUGCAUUUAUGUUGAUUGGUAUUGCCGUUCAGAGGUAUUUGAAAAUCUGCAGACCUUGCGGAAAGCAAAUGACAUUAAAAUAUAGGCGACUAUUAUUAAUUGCUGCUCUCCUCAUAUCGACAACCAUUACAAUACCAAUUCUACCAAUUUACGAUGUUGUUCCAAUAUAUAGUUCUAGAUUCAAUGCUACUGGUUACGUUUGCAAACAAGAUCAAACCCAUUGGCACAACAGUGAGUCCAUCAUCUACAACAUAUUACUUUUCUCUCUCGUCUUUGUUAAUAUUUCAUGCUUAGUGAUUCUGUACAGCCUAAUUGGAAGAACAAUUUUUCAGCAAACGAACCUGAAAAAGAAACGACGAACAAGUGCCAAAAGAAGAAUCGGACUGCUCAAACAAGAAACUAACAUCGACUUAGAAUUCCCGACCAUGACAAACCAAGGAGAGGAAACAUCAGAACGAUUCCAAACUGAUGACCAGCUUGAACAUUGCGACUCCAAAUAUUCACACAUUAUUCAAACGGACAAAACGGCGAGCACAAAGUCUUUAGGGCGGUAUUACCGGAAGCUGAAUAGAAGAACGGACCAGUUUACGUGCAUGUUCAUGACAAUAACUGUUGUUGCUAUGGUGAGUUACAUUCCUAAAGCUACUUUGCUGAUUGUUGAGUCCUUGGAUGCCACUUUCUGGGAUGGUCUCUCCGAUAAUUUUCGGCGAUUUGUUGAGGUGAUCUACAGACUCCAUGUUCUCCACCACACCAGUAACGCUUUUAUCUACUGUUCUUUCGACGCACGGUUUCGGUCUGAGAUCAAGAAUACCCUAAAUCUGAUACAUUUAAUGAGAAACUGAUGUUAUGAACGCGAAAAAAAAUGAAGAGAGAAUGAGUAUCUUAAGACUCAUAACGGGAAUAAAAGUAUAUCUUUGAGAGACUAAUGGGCUGAGACCAAAAGAAUACAUAAAAAAGGCUUUGAAUUCAAUAAAACAAUAAAUUUGUGAACAGGGAAAAGUCAGACCCCUGAAAACACCAGUGGUUGGAUCAGGUAAAAUGGAGGAUUAAACAGCCUUCUCAAUCGGGCACACCCGCUGUGAACCCUUUGUCUUGAUCGUGUGUUAGACCAAACCCACAUCCUUGAUGACUCUGCCUAUUACAGCGUUCUGUAAUAGCUUUUAGUACUCAGGAUGUAACAAAAAUGGCGAAAAGCAAUUGCUGCAGACCAUGAAUAGGGUGAACUUACACCCUACUUUAAAUCCUGUCGGGACCACUUAUUUUUUUGUUUCGUACAUAUCUUAGCCAA